UCAUAACCUUCCGACUUACAUAAGGCGUUGCAAUCCCGGCUGCUCAAAUUCGGCCGGUAUAUCCAGCAAGCACAAUCACUGGGAAGAAGCACGGCAGCAUGUGUCAAUGCAGGAACCCAUGAUCCUGAUUGCAUCCUGCAAUCAUCUGAAAUCUUUAAUGACAUAAAAUCAAAAGUGAUACUGACAUUAGGCACCACACUCCCCCAAGUCUCCUGGGACUUCCUUUGUGCCACGUGCUCUAAUCGCAAGGUCGAGCCCGGACAGUGCUCUGUAACAUCUCCACCUCUUGAGUAAAUUCUCUCCAUCCGGAUCGUAACUCGAUACAGGCUUCUGCUUGGACUGUGAGAGUUAUAGUCUAUGCCGAUGAAAACAACACAACUGCAGGUUAGAAAUGAGUGAAUAGGAGGGCAGUUUCCAGUUUUCGCCUGUGUUUCGGAUGCUCAAUGAUUUACUGUCCACGACAGAAUGUUGUGCAGCAGCAGCAAGGGCAUGUUUUCUUCGAACCUUCGGAUGUUUCCCAUUCUCACGGGACGGGGUCGUGCAUUCGUUUGUGCUAUGUUUGGAGAUUAGAUUAGAUUUGACCGGAAGACGCGGGGACGACCGGCAAUGGCCGGUGUUUUAACGAAGGAGAACAUCAUGCAGUGCAGAAGAAAAGACAGGGAGUUCUGAAUUGCAAGCAUGGCGUGCUGCUGUCUCUCACUCUCCGGCAGUCUGCCAUUAAUGCCACUACUCUGUAGUGCAGACUCCGAGCGCUUGCUAAUUAUGAGAGUGCCACGGGAAGCCCGGGCUUAAUUUGAACACCAUACAAAAGGGUGGUAGAUUGUCCGCCGUCGCGACUCGGAACGCUUUUUAAUGUAUGGAGUCGUGAGGACUUGCAGGAUCCAUCGUGAACAGAUGGCGACUUCCCACGCAAGAAAGCUGAGCUCGUACGUCUCGAUUGCGGACAUCGUGAUCGAGACGUAAGUCGACAGGAAUUUCAAGAAGCAAUUCCUGUGAGUCCCUCGCAUUCUAUGCGACAGCAGGUCUUCGGCUUCUACGAACGCAGUUUUCACAUUCGUGCGGGAGAGUAGGAAAGGAAGAAGCUAUAUCUUCACUAUACAACGACUGAAUCAGGCUGCUCGUGCUUACUUCUGAGCUGAACAAUGAAUCAAGCGAAGGCAACUUGGAUAUGUGCGCUCCUGCUCAUGUGGUCAUUUACUGGCAGCGCCACUCAGAAUCAGACCGUCGGCGAGGAAGAACAAGCUUUGCUGAAUCAGAAGGAGAAACUGAAUGACUAUUUCGGAAAUCUGAUUAGCUGGACCACCGCUGCCGGUCUGUCAGCAUGCCAGUGGUUUCACAUUGGUUGCUCCAAUGGCAGUGUCACGAACAUAACUUUGGGAGGUCGCCAACUGUCUGGUAGCCUUGCGUGUGACCUUGGGAGACUUCGGAGUCUUCAAAGAUUGGAAAUGCAAGAUAAUUCUAUCACUGAAGAAAUUCCGUGGGCUCUCGGAAUGGCAACACGGCUUCAGCAUGUGAAUCUAUCAAAUAACUGGCUGACAGGAGGAAUUCCUCAUUCCCUGUCGAAACUUCCGCAUUUACGUUCUAUAGAUUUAUCUAACAACAAUUUGACAGGAAUCGCACCGAAGUUCCGGAAGGGAGUUUAUGUAAAUGUGGCAGGAAAUCCGCUUCUGCGCUCGUGCUAAAAAAUCAGAAAAGAUCUGUGAUACGUCUCUUCAAAUUAAGACCUCAGAUUCUUUGGGAGAAAAAUAGAUCGGAGUUUACCUCGGUUUCGAGGAUCUGUAUUACUGAGAAGUUGAAUAUGAAUUUUUUCGCACGAAUAUAUUGUAGGUGUUUGUUUCACAGGAUAUGUGUAAAAUGUACUUGUAUGGACAUUUUAUCAUUGUGAUAAUUCCUAAAUUUGUUGUCAGAGUAUGGGUUUCAG